CAAAAAUUUGUCAACGAAUCAUUCAAAAUGUCAGUAAUCGUCAGACGUUCUAAUGGAAUUUCUUAUAUCCGAAAUAUUAGGACCUUUCUUUCCUUCAGAUGGGGCAAGAAGAAACAAAUGGAAAGGUGCAAAAAUGAAACCUGUGGAAAACAGUUGAAACCUUUGUUUUACGAAAUGUUUGGAAAAGAUGCAGACAUGCCACCUGAAUUGAAAAAAAUUUGCGAUCUGAGAAAAGAGGGUAUUGUACAGCAGCCUCUACCAAGAGUCGAUCACAUACCUGGAAUCAAGUACAAAACAUGUGGCUCAGCAAUUUUGCUUCAAGAAGACAGAAAUCUACCAGAUCCUGACAUUCCGGUCUACAACAAAGAGUUGAACAGAUUAGAACGAAUUGAAACACAUCCAACCCUGAAGAUGAAUGUAGGCGACCCGGUACCCCAUUUCAUUUCAGUGGAACAGAGGAUGAUCGACUGGAGCGAUAGAAGACUUCAUCCUCUUCAUUUGAAGAUGCGGAGUAUACCAAAAAGAAAAGUUAUUUAUUGCGAGAAAUCUAAACCAUAUACUACUGACGAUAUGCCAGUGUCACCCAAGCAGGUUCAUAUAGAUCGUAAUCUAUUGGAGAAAAAGAAUAUUUUGGUAGACCUAAAAAGAAUAGAACCUCCUAAAGAGGUAAUACAAUAUGGUUUAGAACAAAAACUGAAGCACCUGGCCGAGCUUCAGAAACUUUCGAUGAAAAACGCAGUUCCAGUUCCACUGAAGUGCCCAAAACACGGUAUUAUAGACGAGCACUCUCCGCUUGCAAUAAAUAUUUGCAAGUCAAUGAAAAUAGGCUGAAAAAGGUUGUUCAUAAAUCUCAAUAAAUCAGUAUUAUUUA